GGAGAGGUGUUUUGUAUCUCAGCCACCUCAGCUUCUCUCCAGGCCAGACAGCCCUCCUGAGCAUCUCCAGAAAUGAAUAUUUCCAGAACCAGCAUGUCCGCCCGCUCUCUCGGUGGACCCAUGGUCCGACGCCAGUAUGCUGUCAGCCUGCAUAGCGGAAUGGGACCAGGAUCCAGGAUCUCCACUGCUAGUUACGGGGGUAAGAGUGGUAGUUACGGGGGUUCGAGUGGAGGUGGUUACAGCUUCAGCAGUUACAGCUCAGCAGGUGGCGCUGGCAUUGGAGGAGGAUGGGCAGGGGGUGCAGGGGGUGCAGGGGGUGGAAUUGGCUGCAUCGAUGUCACCGUCAACGAGAAGGCCACCAUGCAGAACCUGAACGACCGUCUGGCCUCCUACCUGGAGAAGGUGCGUAAACUGGAGCAAGCCAAUGCUGAGCUGGAGCUGAAGAUCCGGGAGUUCUUGGACAAGAAGACCUCCCCUGCAGCCCGUGACUACUCAGCUUACUUUGCCACCAUCGCUGACCUGCAGGGAAAGAUCCAGAAUGCUGUCCGUGACAAUGGGAGCGUCUGUCUGGCAGUGGAGAAUGCAAAGCUGGCAGCUGAUGACUUCAGAAUCAAGUAUGAGAACGAGCUCGCCAUGCGUUUGUCCGUGGAGGCUGAUAUUGCAGACUUGAAGAGACUGUUAGAUCAGCUGACGCUGGCCAGAUCAGACCUUGAGAUGCAGAUCGAAGGCCUCAAGGAGGAGCUGAUCUUCCUCAAGAAGAACCACGAGGAGGAACUGGCUGCUAUGAGAGCACAGAUGACUGGACAGGUCAAUGUGGAGGUGGACGCCGUACAACAGCCCGACCUGACUGCUGUCAUGAAUGAGCUCCGUGAGCAGUAUGAAAGUAUUGCCGCGAAGAAUCAGAGAGAUCUUGAGAACUGGUACGAAAAAAAGACAGCAGAACUCACCAAAGAGGUGGCAGUCAGCACAGAGACCCUACAGACAAACAGGACAGAAGUAACUGAGCUUCGUAACACGCUGCAGGGCCUGGAGAUCGAAUUACAGUCUCAACUUAGCAUGAAAGCAUCUCUGGAAAACACUUUGGCUGAAACACAGGAGCGAUACUCCAUGAUGCUCCAAGCCCUCCAGAUGCAGGUAACCGGCCUGGAGGAGCAGCUCAUGCAGCUGCGUGCCGACAUUGAAAACCAGAGCCAGGAGUACAAGAUGCUGCUCGACAUCAAGACACGACUGGAGAUGGAGAUCGCAGAGUACAGGAGGCUGCUGGACGGAGAGGGAGCUAGCGUUGGCAGCGGCUCCUCCUCCUCCUCCUCCUCAUCCAGGAGGGUGGUGGUUGUCAGGGAAGAGAUGAAGGAUGGCGUUGUGGUGUCGUCCUCUGUCGGCACCGCAUAACCCGUUUCCAUACAACGAGAGCAAACACACGGGGCAAUGGCUGGAGGACACAACUGCAGCUUCCCUUUAACACCAAUGCAAUAAAAUACUCUGUUUGCCGAUUAC